AUGGAGCCGCCGCAGGGAGCCCCGCCGCCGGCCGCGCCGCUGGCCGCGCGCCCGCUGGUCAAUCCCGACGAGUACGGCGAGGUCGACACCUCCAGGUACCCCGCGCCCAAGGAUGCCACGAACAAGGUGCGCGGGCGCAGCGACCUGCUGGAGAUGAUGUGCGGCGCCGGCGCGGUGGACCCGGAGCUGCUCACCGUCAAGACCUUCUACUUUUUCUUCUACUCGGCUUUCGGCUCACUGUUCCCUCUCAUGGGCGUGUACUUCAAACAAAUGGGCAUGAACGCCGGCCAGUGCGGGCUGCUGAUCGGCACGCGGCCCUUUGUGGAAUUUCUGUCGGCGCCCUUCUGGGGCGGGCUGGCGGACCGCUGGCAGAAGGGGCGCACGCUGCUGCUGGCGUCGCUAGGAGCUUGGAUCGUGUUCACGCUGCCGCUGAGCUGGGUGCAGCCGGGCGCCGUGUCGUGCGUGCACCCGCUCAACGCCACCGCCUACAACCUGACGGAGCCGCGCUACGACGAGGACUGGCCCACCAGCACCAGCCGCUCGUUUCGCGGCCCGCCCAACGCCGGGCGCGAGGGCUCGCCGCUGUCCGUCAGCGACGCGCUCAACUACGACGCCAAGGCCAACGGCGACUGGGUGACACCGCUUCACUCGUUCAUCGUGUACCGCACGCCCGACAUCCAGAAGACAUUCUUCCUGCUGCUGCUGCUCGUGGUCAUCGGCGAGUUCUUCAGCGCGCCCGCCAUCACGCUCGCCGACUCCGCCGUCAUCACGCUGCUGGGCGAGGACGCCGACAGGUACGGGCACCAGCGCAUGUUCGGCUCGCUGGGCUGGGGGCUGGCCAUGUUCUUCGUGGGCAUCGCGCUGGACCACAGCACGGCGUUCAGCUCGCACCCGUGCGGCGGCCCGCAGCGCUUCGAGAAGAACUACACCAUCUGCUUUGCCACCUUCUCCGUGCUGAUGGGCGCCGCGCUCAUCACCGCCACCCAGAUACGUUUUAAGUACGAGUUCGUGAGCGUGGAGGCUGCACCGGCCGCGCCAGCCGAGCCCACGCACGAGGAGAAGCUCCAGCAGCAGCUGGCGGAGCAGUUGCAGCUGCCGGGGCUGGACACCAGCGCGCCGGCGGCGCCGCGCCAGCCCGUGCUCGAGCAAGCCAAGGUGUUCGCGCAGACCACGCGCGAGAUGCCGGAGUGGGUGACGGUGCUGCGCCAGUUCCAGAACGUGAAGGCGGCGUCAUUCCUGUUCGUGGCGUGGUUCAUGGGCUUCGGCAUCGGCCUAAUAUUCACCUUUCUCUUCUGGCACCUGCAGGACAUUGGGGGAUCACCGACACUGUUCGGAGUGGCAUCUGUCAUCAAUCACAUCUCGGAAAUAUUUGCCUAUUUCUUCAGCUUUAAGCUGAUCACUCAAAUGGGUCAUGUGAAGGUGCUGUGCCUGGGCCUGGCGGGCAACGUGCUGCGCUUCCUGUACAUCGCGUGGCUGAGCGACCCCUGGUGGGUGCUGCCCUUCGAAUUCGUGCAGGGCGUGACGCACGCCGCCGUGUGGGCCGCCUGCUGCUCGUACAUCGCACACGGCGCGCCGCCGCGCCUGCGCUCCUCCGCGCAGGGCGUGCUGCAAGGGCUGCACCACGGGCUGGGCCGCGGCUGCGGCGCCGUGCUGGGAGGCAUCGCGGUCGCCAAGUGGGGCACGACGCGCACCUUCGCCGGCUACGGGCUGCUCUGCACCGUGGUGCUCGCCGCGUUCGCUUUCAUCAACUUCCGUGGCGAGCCGGAGACGGGUGACACGGCCGUGGAUGACGAGGCUCGCGCCGUCGCCGAGGCGGGCGUGCUGGCCCCUCACGGAGUGCCGUCCAACCCGCUGCCGCGCGCGCUGUCCUCCACGCGCCUGGCCGACCUGGCUCACCACGACUCAUACGGCGCCACGCAGAGCUACAGCGGCGCGGAGUCGCUGAGCGUGCCGGGCCAGGCGCCGGCGCCGCGCCCCUCCAACCCGUUCCUGGCCGAGCAGCAGGCAGCGCCCGCCUACAGAUAAGCGCCGCACGACCUCGCUACCCACCGACUACUACAUCCGACAUGUUCUCUCUGUCCUAUGUACAAAGUGUUUGACCCUAGGCAACAGGUCCCAGUAUUCGUUAAGAGCUAAUUAUGAAUGUUAAAAGAGUCAGCGUCGAAGCGGCGCGGCUCCUCGCGUCAUUAUCUCGCGUGUUCGUUGCUUCUGUAACUCAGCGCUGGUCAGCCGGCGGCCGCCGCGCCGUCCUGGCCAGUGUUGACCGUGCUAUAUCUAGUUAAGUCAGAGUGUAUUAUAUUUAUAUGUAGGUAGUAUUAUUAUGUUCGUAAUGUUGCAUAGUAUGCGGCCGGCCGCCGCCGCCGUGGCCGGGCCGCUCUGUGAGAUGGAACGCAUGUCAUAUCAUGGUGUGAUGUAGAGAGGGCAGCAGCCAGCCACCUCGGAUGAUCAUUUAUUUGUUGAUAUAAUAUAAUAGAUAGAUAUUCUUAUUACGAUAGCUAUAUGUAUACAUAACGUUUGUUGUAAAGAUGUAUCGUGGGGAUCAGCCCGCGCCUGCACCAGUUAUAUAUUUUUGCACAGUCUAUAGCGGGAUCUCACGCGGCACGGGCGGACGCGCGACCCCGCGCGGCUCGCACGUGCGGCAAGCGUGACGCGAGUCGCGCGGCCUGCGCCCGCCACCGUGCCGACACUUUCAAUUUCACGUGUAUAAUGAAUAAAUAAAUGUUGGACUAUUCAUGA